UGACGCCGGCCCUGGUGGGUGGGACUGUGAAUGGGAGUUGCAUGGUUACCAAGCGACAGGAUCCAGUUGUGGUUGUCAAACUAGUUUGUCUACAGGCUGCUUUGGGUGCUGCUCAACCGGAAGAACACAGUGCAGAUCACGAGGAAUUGCCUGUCCCCCAGGAGAGAUGGCUGAACUGAACCCAGCGAAGGAGGGGGGUCAGGCGGAGGAGAUCACAGAGAUGGUGUGCCUGGAGUCUGACCUCAAGGAAGGAGAGAUGCGCGAGGUGGAGGUGGGGAGCCACAAAGUGCUGCUGGUCAGAAGUGAGGGGGGGUACAGCGCUGUUGGAAACCUGUGUACCCAUUACGGAGCGACUCUCAGCAAAGGAGCUCUUUCAGGAAGCAGAGUGCGUUGUCCUUGGCACGGGGCCUGCUUCAAUAUUAAAACAGGAGACAUUGAGGAAUACCCUGGUCUGGACAGUUUGCCUUGUCACAAGGUCAAAAUCGAGAACAGCAAGGUGUUUGUAUCAAUAAACAAAAAGGACCUGGAGAAGACAAGGAGGGUGAAAGAGAUGGGCUGCCGAGUGGCUGGGGAUUCCAGCACAGUGCUGAUCAUUGGAGGAGGUCCUGCUGCCCUGGUCUGUGCAGAGACUCUCCGCCAGGAAAGCUAUGGGGGGAGGAUCAUCAUGGCAACGAAAGAGGAGCUUCCUCCCUACGACAGGACCAAGCUCAGCAAGGCCAUGAACGUGAAAGCUGACAGUAUCUUGCUGAGGCAGCUGGAUUUUUACCAGUCCUGUGAUAUCGAGGUGUGGUUGAGAAGGGAGGCUGUGUCGGUGAACACAGAUGAAAAGAUGGUCACUUUCCAGGACGGCUCAGUGCAGCACUAUGAUCAGCUGCUGAUAGCAACCGGCUCUAGACCGAGGGAGGUGACCUGUCCUGGAGCGGACCUGGACAAUGUGACUCUGCUCCGCACGCCUGAGGACAGCAGCCGAAUUCACCAGGCAGCGCUGGGCAAGAAUGUGGUGAUCCUGGGCACCUCCUUCAUAGGAAUGGAGGUGGCGUCUUACCUGUCUGCCACGGCCUCCAGCGUGUCUGUGAUUGGAAACAGCGCGGUCCCCUAUCAGAACACCCUGGGCACAGAGAUUGGCAGAGUUGCCAGGAAGAUGCUGGAGGAAAAGAAUGUGAAGUUCUAUAUGGAGGACGGUGUGACGGAGUUAACGGGAGAGAAUGGAAAGGUGAAACAAGUGCUGCUGAAAAGUGGGAAGAUCCUGCCGGCCGAUGUGUUUGUCACUGGCAUAGGCGUUCAGCCCAAUUCGGCUUUCCUGAAAGGAAGCACGGUGGCACUGGAUUCAACGGGAGCUGUCAUCGUUGACAAGUUUAUGCAGACCGGUGUCCCAGGUGUCUUUGCUGCAGGGGACGUGACGUCAUUUCCUCUUUCCCUACGGAAAGACAAGAUGGUCAAUAUUGGGCACUGGCAGCUGGCGCAUGCACAUGGACGGAUCGCCGCCUUAAACAUGUUGAAGAAACAGGUGGGAAUAAACUCAGUUCCUUUCUUCUGGACGAUGCUGAUGGGAAAAAGCUUCCGCUAUGCAGGCUAUGGAGAAGGACACACUGAGGUCAUCAUGAAAGGAAAAGUGGAAGAGAUGAAGUUUCUAGCCUUUUAUAUCAAGGAAGACGUGGUGGUGGCUGUCGCCAGCUUGAACUUUGACCCUAGUGUUUCCCAGGUUGCAGAGGUCAUGGCUUCUGGGAGGACCAUCUCCAAAGCACAGGCUAAGUCUGAUGACAUGAGCUGGUUGAAGCUGCCCUGAUCUUCUCUUCCUCACAGUCCUGAUUUACAGUGUGCCUCACUUUAACACAGUGAAUAUAAAGAGGUCUUCAAUUAAGAUUCUUGCUUGCUGGUGUUUUCUUUCAGUGUACUGGAGGGGGUUCCUAAGGGCGCGUCCACAAUUAUCAGCACAUACAGGAAACGUACAUGUAAGAAAUGAUAACAUUCAAUGGAAACCUUGCAAGGAAUGUUUUGAUCGUUUUUACGGCUAACAACCACCACAAUGACCAAGCACUGAAGGCUAACAAGCAGGAAGUCCUGUGAAUAUCUUGAGCUUAAAAAUGGGUCAUUCUUUUUUCUUUUCUUUUUUUAAUAAUGGUGUUCAUUUUUGACUGCCCUUAAGCUGUGACCGGGUGACUAUAUUGUUCUUCUAAACAAAGAGGUUUCACGGUUGAAAACGUGUGACUUUGACUGUAUACUAUACAAGAUAAUAAACACAGGUUAUUUUGUCAAGGUAA